UGCAAAUUCAGACAAGGCCUGUCCUAGUGGUGGUGGUUGUGGUAAUAAUGGUGGUUAUGAACUCUUUCACCGUGAACGGAGGAGGAAGAGGGAUAUACAGCAAAGACCAGAGGCUUCACCAUGUUCAAAAGGACAAAUCCGUCAUUUCAUCAGCAAGAGGAGUAGACAAUCACCAUAACAUUCCGAGGCAAAACUAUGGCAAUUGGGGUGAAAACGGUGGUGGUGAAGACGGGACCGAUUAA